CCAGUCUUUUAAGACACCCCGGUGGUCGACAGAGCUUCCAAGGCUCGUCUCUACACCCACCAUCUUUUUCUGAAAUGUUCACUGGCAGGCUGCGACAGUGGGAUUCGAAAACCCUCCACCGUCAAUAAUACUGAUAUUAAAUGCAUCAGAAACGAAAUUUCGCAGCAGAUUCUGAAAGCGGAACAAGAAGUUGUGAUCAUGUGAUCGUUGCUUUAAAACUUGCCCAUAAGGGACGCGACCAAUGCUAUCAGACCUCCACCCACCACCACCGCUCAAACAGUUUGGCAACAUCUGGGAUACGACCAAAUCUUCUCACAGAGCAGCAUCUCACCGAAACUAGCCCAUGCGACCACCGAGACGUUGACACCAUGCUCAUCAAUUUCCCCGCCAAUGCCACUGGAUUAGCCCGCCUUCCCACCGAACUCCUGCUCGAAAUCAUCUCUCACUUCCCGUCGCCGCCUUUGAAGGCCUCUAUGUUCUACUGUCUGAUCGUCGGCGGUAAGGAGCUGACUGAAAGAUCUGCAGCGCUCGUUUCCUUGUCCCAGACGUGCAAGACUUACAGACAAAUAUUUUUGCCAUUGCUCUGGGAGAAACUUGAGGCAUUCCAGUGUACCGACCCGAAAGUCGAAGUACGCCCUGAUCUCCCUGAGUGGCAGAAGAAGGUUACCGGCGACAUUAUCAGACAGCUAGAAACUGUCACGAUCAGGGAUCCGGCGCUCGCUGAUCAUGUCCAAUCUGUCUCAUUCACACUGACGGAAUAUUCGCAAGAUUUAUAUCCUCGGAUUGCCCAAUGUCUGCCCCUGCUUCCUCGCCUGACCACUGUACAGAUCUUUGGACUCGAAUUCAAGGGAUCCACUGACGCUCUUCGAGGAGCCUUCGAAAACGUUGUCGUACCUUCGGUUACGACACUUGCUAUCCCGAACGGCGGACAUGUCGUCUUCCCGAGCUUCCCAAACGUGUUAAAUAUCGUGUGCAAUUUCUUCUAUGAAUCGUCGCGGGAAGACUUCCUGAAGAAAGUCAUCGAGCAUUAUCCGAAUGCGCAUCGCGUCCACCUUUGUGGCUUGCUACUCAGCCCAUUGCUUGAAAUGAUGAUCCAUCGAUUCCCAUACCUUCGUGAAAUUGGCCCUAUCGCGCUCUAUACUGGAAUAAACGAGCUUCCCCUCCGGCUGCUUGGGCGUCUGCGAAAUCUCCGUCUUGUCAAGCUGACCUUGGUCCCCCGAGAUUAUGGCUACAAUGACCGCUGGGACGUAUGGAGCGUGAGUCCAUGUGUCAUGACCGUCCUUGACACACUCCGUCAAAUCCCUGCGGGAGCGAAAGAGGUCAAGAAACUCAUUAUCAAUAGUACGUUCACAGAUCAGACUGAGGUGUACGUUGGAAGAGGGACGGAAAGACUGGUAUCUCUGCAAUCGGUCUAGGACGAUUAGCUGCAUUGUAAUUAUACAUUCUUGCUGAAUGAUAAACAGAUAUACCUUACUUCCCAG